AGACAGACAGACAGAGACAGACAGACAGAGACAGACAGACACAGAGACAGAGACAGAACAGACAGAGACAGAGACAAGAUGCAAGACAAAGACAAGACAUGCAGACAAGACAGACAGACA